AUGAGCAUUAUCAGCAUCAUAAUUAUUCUGGCUGGAGCGAUUGCACUCAUCAUUGGCUUCGGUAUUUCAGGGAGACACUCCAUCACGGUCACUACUCUGACUUCAGCUGGGAACCUCGGAGAGGAUGGAAUCUUGGGCUGCACUUUUGAACCUGAUAUCAAACUUUCUGAUAUCGUGAUACAGUGGCUGAAGGAAGGUGUUAUGGGCUUGGUCCAUGAAUUCAAAGAAGGCAAAGAUGACCUAUCAGACCAGGAUGAAAUGUUCAGGGGCCGGACAGCUGUGUUUAGUGACCAAGUUAUAGUUGGCAAUGCCUCUCUGAGACUUAAAAAUGUGCAACUCACAGAUGCUGGCAUCUACAAAUGCUUUAUCAUCACUUCUAAGGGCAGAGGGAAUGCUAACUUGGAGUAUAAAACUGGAGCCUUCAGCAUCCCAGAGGUGAAUGUCGACUAUAACGCCAGUUCAGAGAGCCUGCGGUGUGAGGCUCCCAGAUGGUUUCCCCAGCCCACGGUGAACUGGGCAUCCCAAGUUGACCAUGGAGCCAACUUCUCAGAAGUCUCCAAUACCAGCUUUGAGCUGAACUCUGAGAAUGUGACCAUGAAGGUGGUGUCCGUGCUCUAUAAUGUCACAAUCAACAACACAUACUCCUGUAUGAUUGAGAACGACAUUGCCAAAGCCACGGGGGAUAUCAAAGUGACAGACUCUGAGAUCAGAAGGCGGAGUCACUUACAGCUGCUGAACUCAAAGGCUUCCCUCUGCGUCUCCUCUCUGGGCGCCAUCAGCUGGCUCCUUCUGCCUCUCUCCUCUUGCCUGACGCUGAAAUAAUGUCCCUUGGCCACCCAGAAACCUACAAAGUCACUGGG